CUGAAAUCUCUUGGGCAAGACUCAGGAAAACCAACCUUUGACAUGAUAUAUGCUUAUAUGCCCAGGAAAGUGAUAGAAAGGCCUGAGAAACUGAAGGGUCUGUCUGCAACUACCUCUUAGCAGGAGCUGAGCAGAUUCAACUGAACCAAUGGAGCCAGAUCAACUAGCCCGGCAGGAACCAGCCACAGCCAGUACACCCUUGCCAGUUCUGCCUAGAUUGGAUCGCCUCGAACGCUUGCUGCAGCUUCUGGAAGAGAAGCAUACCUUAUCCAGAAGGCAUUCAUCGACACCAGUUACUAAAGAUAUAAAACCAGAAGAAGUUGACGGCAAAAACCUUUCCAACGCACUCGAACAAGUUUAUCUCAAAGGCACGCUGAUGGAUCGACUGGACAAGCUUGAGAUGCGAGUGUUACAGCUGGGCUUGGACAUGGAUGAAGGGAACACUUCAAGGUCAAGUUCUUCCACUAUUCCAUUACCUGAAAAGUUUGGCCACAGCUCAGGCUCAUCAUCUGUUGCAAAGCCAGAUGAAGAGGUAACUAGAACUGUUGAAAAAAGGUCAGAGCCUGUCCUAAUUCAAGAGGAGACCUCUGUAACAAAGAGUCAGAAUCAGCAUAAUCAUAGGCUUCAUAGCAGAAAGAAGAAAGCAAAAGCCAAGAGGAAAUGGCUUGCUUGGUUUCCAACUGGAUGUUAAGAUGUCCAGUGCUGGAAAUCAUGAAUGGAACUCACAUUCACAGUUGAUGGCAGCCACAAUCUGCUAAGAAUUUGGGACUUCUGUAUUUCCUGCUUGAUCCGUUAGCGUCAAGAGAGUCUUGAAAGUACGUUUUUCUUUCUUUUUUUGGUUGUUCUUCAUAUGUGCUGUGUGCUGCUUGAGAUUAGGCUUGAUACGGCUGGAAAAUCCUGAACCCUAUUUGGAAUUUAUAGAGUUGUACAACAACGAUCAAAUAUGGUCUAUACAUCCAACCAUAUCUUACUAGAUUUUCUUGACAAUAUCAUUAGUGUUUUUACGCUUUAAAUCCAAAAAUCACCUCUAUAAGAAUCACACCAAAACCAGAUAGAGGAGCAAUAGGCUCACGGGUUGAAAGUAUAUCUCCUCGUUGGUCAUGUUUAUCCCACUUGGAACUGCCAUCUUCUCCCACUGUUUGGCCAUGCUGGGCGGGCGGGCUAGCUAGCAGGGGGUGGGCCCCACUACCUUUUAUGGGACCAGACCCCUUCUCUCAAGCUGUUUACCUCAAGCAAUUGUUAUGUUAUUAGACACGAACAAGAUAACAAUCUGUGUUAAUGUAAACAUUGUUAUGAACACAUGGAAACUUGUACCACCGCCACUCCUUUGUCAUUUCCCUCAACCAAUU